AUGUUGUCAGCGUAGAGUCAAACGCUCAGUUCUAGCAUGAAGUUCGGCGUAAACGUACACAAAAUAUUCGUUGCUUAAAUAAUUUCAAAUUCGGACUCGAACAGAUAAAUCAAGGGCAAUGCAAUAGCAGCGACGCGACACACACUUAAUCGCAAAGGAAAUAAUUGAAACAAAAAAUAUAAAUAUAUAGUAAUAAAGUGAACAUAGAAUUGUUAUCAAGCAUUUAAAAAAUAUAUAUUUAUAUAUAAUUAAUCUGAUUUGUAUUUGAAAAUAAUACAAAUAAAAAAACACUUGACAUUAGUUGGAAGAAAUUAAAUAAAAGCCAGAAUUAAAAUCAAAGUUUAAAAAAAAUCGGAUUUGUGCACUACAAUUUGAAGAGGCUAUAAGACUUGAAAGAAGAUUCGCAUGACUCUAAAGGAUUUGGAAGUAAUAGUGAGUGAGCUAGCAUUAAUUGAGAACCGAUCCGACAAAAUGAUGUCCAGAACGUUCAGAUACUUCAAAUUGAUGUACAUUGUGGCGGGUAUUUUAAUGAGCAAUGAAAAAGUUUGCGAAUCUGUUGAUAAAAUGCAAAUCACGCCACGUGUUGAGGUCAAAGAGAUGCUGCAGCCGAAGAAGGUCUACAAAGGUGUCGAACAGGCGUCACGGAAUUGGUUUCGCAGCUCCUAUUGCUAUAUAGUGAGUGGUAUUAAACAGCGCGUAUCGCCAUUGUUGAGCAUAUUCAAUAUAUGGACCAUACCCAACUAUAUGGUGGAGUGCACGACGAAUUUCAUAAGCAAACAAUUCAUCGGCAGCGAUUGUGAUAUGAUUUAUAAUAAAUAGAAUCUACUAUGAGAUUGCUAGUUAAUUAGAAUAUGAGUAUCUGUUAAGCUAAGUUAAGUUGCCUAGAAGAAUUUUUUUAACUCAAAAUUUUUAAAUUAUAAAAUAUUUCUGAAACUCGAAGCAUUGAGCUGUAGCUGUAAUUUAGUAUAAAGACAGUAUGAUUAAUUAAACGUAUUCAAGUGAAUACUUAAUUUCUUCUCAUAUUUGAUAAGAUUUUCUCGACAAUGACACUAUUUCAUUAAACAUACUUACUUAGAAAUAAUAAUAAUAUUUUUAAGCACAUUUAUAUUAAUUUGUGUACUUUAAUUUUAUUAUUGCAAAAUGUUCACAUACAGACGGAAAUUUUUUAAUAAAUUUUGCUAUACAUACAUACAUCCA